CCGGCGGAGCGGAGCGGGGCGGGCGGAGCGCGGCGGGUUCGAAUCCCGGCGGCGCCGCGCCCGCCAUGAACUUCUCGGAGCUCUUUAAGCUCUCAGGGCUCCUGGGCCGCUUCUCCCCCGACGGAAAAUGCCUGGCCUCAUGUGUGCAGCACCGCUUGGUGGUUCGGGAUGCCAGCUCCCUGCAGAUCCUCCAGCUCUACAGCUGCGUGGAUCAGAUCCAGUACAUCGAGUGGUCCUCGGACUCCCUGUUCAUCCUGUGUGCCAUGUACAAGCGGGGCAUUGUCCAGGUCUGGUCCCUGGAGCAGUCGGAGUGGCACUGUAAGAUCGACGAGGGCUCCGCGGGAUUGGUGGCCUCAUGCUGGAGUCCGGACGGGCGUCACAUCCUCAACACCACCGAGUUCCAUCUGCGAAUCACGGUGUGGUCCUUGUGCACCAAGUCUGUGUCUUACAUCAAGUACCCCAAAGCAUGCCAGCAAGGAGUGGCUUUCACCAAGGACGGGCGCUACAUGGCCGUGGCGGAGCGCCGCGACUGCAAGGAUUUCAUCAGCAUCUUCGUGUGCAGAAACUGGCAGCUCCUCAGGCAUUUUGACACUGAAACCCAGGAUCUGUUUGGGAUUGAAUGGGCUCCCAAUGGCUGUGUGCUGGCAGCAUGGGACUCAUGCCUGGAGUACAAGGUGCUGCUGUACUCCCUGGAUGGGCGGCUGCUCUCCUCCUACCGUGCCUACGAGUGGCCCCUGGGCAUCAAAUCAAUUGCCUGGAGUCCCAGCAGCCAGUUCCUGGCCAUUGGCAGCUUUGAUGAAAAGGUGCGUAUCCUGAACCAUGUGACCUGGAAGAAGAUCACAGAGCUUGAGCAUCCAGCAGUCAUUACCAGCAAAAACACUAUUGUGUAUAAAGAAGUGGAGAAAUCCCCAACUCUUGACCCAGAGAGACUUUCUUUCCCUCCAACAAGAGCAUUGGCUAGUUCUCUCUUCAGCACACAGAGUAAAUAUGACAUUUGCCAAGUGCCAGUUUCUUUACACUACAUCAAACCAGUUGCUGACAAGCCAAAUCCCAAAGUGGGAGUUGGGAUGUUGGCCUUCAGUGCAGAUAACUGUUUCCUGGCAACCAAAAAUGAUAACAUUCCCAACGCUGUGUGGAUCUGGGACAUCAGGAAGCUGAAGCUGGCAGUGGUGUUGGAGCAGCUGUACACGGUCCAGGGCUUCCAGUGGGACCCCUGCCAGCCCCGCCUGGCUGUGUGCACGGGCAGCAGCAGAGUGUACCUGUGGUCUCCAGCUGGCUGUGUCGUCGUGAAGGUGCCUGGGGAAGGUGACUUCCAGAUCAUGUCUCUCUCCUGGCAUUUCAGUGGGGACUCCAUGCUGCUCCUGAGUAAGGACCACUUCUGUGUGUGUUACUUGGAAAGAGAAGAGGUAAAAUAAAAGAACUAAAAUGCAUUAAAACUCCCAAGUCUGAGGAAGAAAGAGGAAAGGAGUGAAAACCUGUUGCCCGGUCUGAAGUGUUUGUAUUUAUAAGUUAUUUAUUUGAAGGAGCUCAAAGCUCAGUGUGUGAAAUACUGUGACUGCAUUUGAAUGAAGUGAUGUAGCAAGUGAAAUGUAAGGAAUGAGUGUCUUUUGCAAGAAAACCUGAAUAUUGAGGGAGUUGAUCUUUUUCAACUCUGAACCCUUAUUUUUUAAAACUGUAGCUCUGUGUAUAUACAAUGUAUAGCUAUUAUUUAAAUUUUCUAUUUCCAAUAAAUAUUUUGAUAGUUACAAACUAUAAACCUGCACCUCUGCACUUAAAAGUCUGUUUCAGUGUGAUCAGUGAUGUGAUGAUGUAGUGAUUUAUCCCAGCACAAGGAAACUGUUACUUGCACACAAAUAAUUUUGGGUGACAGUAACUGUGCCUUGGCCACCGUGCAUUUAUUACAUGGAAUCUUUGCCAGAGGGAUCACAAUUUGACACUUCAAGAUGCUGAAUUACAGGUAACUGAAAUGGGAGUUUUUGUCCCAACUCUGGUGCCAAACAGGAGUGGAUGGUUUGGCAGGGAAGGAGCAGUUGGAUAUCCUUCCUUCUUUUCCCCUGUGUCCUUCCAAGGAGGGAACCUCUUGUUAGGAAUUUACUGGAUGUUUUUUCUUUUGUUCCCCAAUUUCACAGCCUCAGUCUCCAGAAAAUAAAGAACAAAUACCAAGUAAGAGUUGAAAUUUUAACUUUACUGCAAGGUUAAUGAAAAAUGAACAGGUAACUUAAAAAAUGCAUGGAGAAGCUUGGAAAGCUGGAGUCAGGACCAACUGCAACAGGAGUUUCACAAACACUCACCAACAUUAUGAUCCACUGUGGCACAGUGUUCAUCCAGUUCUGAUGAAAGGGCAUGGAGAGAAGGUCAUGCACAAGGAAAAAGCUUGUUAGAGUCACCUCCUGAGCAAUUACAGCUGUAAUCUCUUCUGAAUUUUAUCCCUGGAUGAGAGGUUCAGUGCAGGAAUGUAUGAACUAAGGCUGACACACAGUGCUGAAAGUUUUCUCUGUCUCCAUUAAAAAGUCCUGGCCCAAACUAGAGUAGAUUUAAGAAAAAAUGGCUAAGAGUAUCAAUCUAACCAAAAUAGAAUUCCUUUUCAGUUCUACAAAGAACAGCUUUGAAGGCAAAUGUGUUUGUGAGGCUUUUGGCAAUGUUCUCUCACAACAGUCUUUAUUCUGUGGC